AUGGAAAAUCAAAAACCUCAACCACCCCAUGUCGUCUUCUUGCCCUUUCCGGCGCUGGGCCAUAUCAAACCGAUGCUCAAACUAGCAGAGCUUCUCAGCCACGCCGGUCUCCAAGUCACCUUCAUCAACACCCAACACAUCCACCACCUUCUCCUCCCUUCCAUCGACACCGACGCCCUCUACCGCCGCUUCCCUAACUUCAACUUCUUGUCCAUCCCCGACGGUCUCCCCCCUCACCAUCCACGCACCUUCUUAAACAUCUUCCCAUCUAUAAGCUCCGCCACCGUAACUGCACUAUGUCAUAUGUUGGUUUCUGAUCUCAGCUGCACAACCACCACCUGCAUCAUAGCAGAUGGGAUAAUGUCUUCUUCCGUCGUAACUGCUGGUGAAGAAUUCGGGAUCCCUGUUUUGGCGUUCCGCACGUUUAGUGCUUGCUGCACCUGGGCUAACUUUCACUUGUCGAAACUCAUUGAAGAAGGGGAAGUUCCACUGCAAGACAUGGAUAAGCUGGUGACUUGCAUUCCAGGAUUAGAGAAUGUUUUAAGGUGUCGAGAUCUUCCAGGAAUUUGCAGGGUUGAGAGAGCUGAGGAUCCAAUCCUGGAAUUCUUUAUCAACGAGGCCAAAGCCAUGCUGCGAGCAUCUGCUCUCAUACUAAACACCUUCGAUGAACUCGAAGCUCCCAUCAUUUCUAAACUCAGCUCUUUGUUCCCCAAAAUCUACACGAUCGGCCCUUUGCAUGCUCUCUCAAAUGUCCGUAUCAACGUCAACGACGACCCAUCCCCUUUAGCAUCAUCAUCAACAAGUAUUCUGUGGAAAGAGGACAAAGAUUGCAUCACUUGGCUCCAUUCCCAACCAUCGAAAUCAGUCGUCUUCGCCAGCUUAGGAAGCAUAGCGAGCUUGACGCAAGAGCAAAUACUCGAGUUCUGGCAUGGGUUGGUCGACAGCGGGAAAUCAUUUCUGUUGGUCAUACGACCCGACUUAAUCAUUGGAGAAGACAGUAGUGGUAAUUCGGCUCAACUCUUGACGGACCUUCAAGAAAGGACCAAAGGUAAGGGAAUGAUAGUGAGUUGGGCACCUCAAGAACAGGUGUUGUCUCACCCAGCCGUCGGAGGGUUCUUGACUCACGGCGGAUGGAACUCGAUCUUGGAAAGUACGCAUGCCGGAGUGCCGAUGAUUUGUUGGCCUGUAAUAUCGGACCAACAAGUGAAUAGCAGGUUCGUGAGUGAGGUUUGGAGAGUGGGUUUGGACAUGAAAGACAGAUGUGAGAGAGGAGUGGUGGAGAAAAUGGUGAGGGAUUUGAUGGAAGUAAAGAGAGAUGAAAUCAUGAAGGUGAUGGAUGGGGUUGCAGAGCAAGCACGGAAGAGUGUUGAAGAAGGUGGUUCGUCUUAUCGGAACCUGGAGUUAUUGAUUCAAGAAAUUAGGUCCAUGACUACUUUGAUUUAA